UUUUCUUUUAAUCCCAUUUUCAAUUUCCGUUUUUGUUUUUUGUUUUCCAUGUUCGUAUCGAUUUUUCUACUUUUGAGCCAUACCCAGAAUUUAUUAUUUGAAUUUAUAGUCUAUAUCUGCAAUUGGGCACCGAAUUCUUACCUGGGGAUAUGGGUUUUUUGUUUUGUUUUGAUUUUUGUAAGAUUUUCUUCUGUUAUUGUUUUUGGUUUUUGUGGGGUUUUGUUUUUCUUUCUGGAGACUUGUUAAUGAGGGUCUUGUUUUAUUUCGUUCCUCAAGGAUUGAACUCAUGGAUGGGUGAUGGUAGCAUGUCGUGAACACUUUCCAUUAAUACCUUCAAGAACUCUAUUAAGAUUUAAAUAAGCCAUGGCUCCAGGAAGCAGUACCUGCAAAGAAGUUGUUGAUUCUCAUCCUUCAGUUUCAGGUCAUGACAUAGCAAUGUCUAAAACAGAGAAUAAUUCUACAUCUUCGAAAGCUGCACUUGGUUUGAGUGGGAAAAUUGGAGUUUAUUCAACCAAUGGUGUGCAGGAAUUGCUUGAAUGCCCUGUCUGCACAAAUCUGAUGUACCCUCCAAUUUACCAGUGCCCAAGUGGCCACACAUUGUGCUCAAACUGCAAGAUCAGAGUUAGCAAUUGUUGCCCGACCUGUCGUCAUGAACUUGGAAAUAUUAGGUGCUUGGCAUUGGAAAAGGUAGCUGAGUCACUGGAAAUCCCCUGCAGAUACCAAAAUUUGGGUUGUCAAGAUAUUUUUCCUUACUACAGUAAGCUAAAGCAUGAGCAACAUUGUCGAUACCGCCCUUACAACUGCCCCUAUGCUGGAUCAGAGUGCUCAGUCACGGGCGACAUCCCGUCUCUUGUUGCACAUCUCAAGGAUGAUCACAAGGUUGACAUGCAUGAUGGGUGUACCUUCAAUCAUCGCUAUGUGAAAUCAAAUCCACACGAAGUCGAGAAUGCCACAUGGAUGCUAACGGUUUUCAACUGCUUUGGAAAGCAGUUCUGCUUGCAUUUUGAGGCAUUCCAGCUAGGAAUGGCACCUGUUUACAUGGCGUUUUUACGAUUCAUGGGUGAUGAUAACGAAGCAAAGAAGUUCAGCUACAGUUUGGAAGUGGGUGGCAACGGGCGUAAACUGAUAUGGCAAGGGAUUCCAAGGGGCAUCCGCGACAGUCACCGAAAAGUUCGUGACAGUCAAGACGGUCUCAUCAUUCAAAGAAACCUGGCACUGUAUUUUUCGGGAGGAGAAAGGCAAGAGCUGAAGCUGAGAAUUACGGGUCGAAUAUGGAAAGAAGAAUGAGAUCGAGGGAUGACGACGCCCCCAUGGCAUUGAGGUGAAUGUAUUAUUGUACAGUUAAAAACAAGUUUGUUAGGCCAACACUCAACAGCCGGGGUUUGCUCCGAGUGCUGAAGAAGCUUUUGGAGAAACUUCCAAGCUAAUAUAAAAAAUGUAAUUUACCAAGUGAAUCAAAAAAUGCAUUUUGCUGCCUCUUGUUUUAUGUAUUUAAAGCCAAGUUUUCUCCA